UUCUUUAACUGCGGUUACGUGGAACUUGGAAAUCUGGCAGUUUCUAGAACUGUGUCCACUGAGCCACAACGGUUUUUUAUCCUUACAUUUUAAAAUAAACGCAGACAGCUGUAUUGCGCUUUUCUGUGAAGCUCGGUAUUUCUUUUUUUUUCUAAUUUGAUCAACCAAAACUGUUUAUAUACCUGCUUUAACUGAGUUUGGUUUAAAUCGCUGUAGGUGUCGUAGGAUAACCAGUCGAGCGCUGAUGGCUGAUGAGAGUGAGUGGAGCCGUUUGGAGUCGGCAGUUAUCAAGAGUUUAAGACACUUAAGAGACAGGUAUUUACAAAGUUUGAGAAAUGGUAGGGAAAAGCAGGAACUGCAAGAAGCUCACAUCGUGGAAGCAACCACCAGGGUUAACAUUUUACAACGUUUACCUGUGGAUAUGCAGUUUUAUAUCAUGUCGUUCCUCUCCCCUCAAGAUCUGUGUCAGUUGGGGAGCACAUGUCAAUACUGGCACACUGUUGUCCGUGACCCUGUGUUGUGGAGGUAUUUUCUACUAAGGGACCUCCCCUCUUGGUCUUUCAUCGACCAUAACUCAAUGCCAGACGUGGAGAAAAUAAGCAAACCAUUAGGUGGAUUAGAUGACGACACAAUGCAUGACUACAUGCAAGAAUAUUUAAAGAGUUGCCCUGGGUGCAGAAGACGCUUGAAACCUUACAGGCGAGGGUAUGCUGCUGUUACUUCGUUCUUACAUUCCUUGGUGAUAAACACAGAGCCCCGGUUGGCUAUGUUUGGACCAGGCUUGGAACAACUGGAGGUUUCCUUGGUGAGGAAAAUGAUGCAUUCACCGGAUGUGAUACCUGUUGCAGGCUUUCCGCAGAGGCAAAUCAAUGGCAUUGGGUCAGGAAUCAGCUUCAUGUUAAAUAACAAGCAGAGAUUUAAUAUUUUAACACUGUACUCAACUACCAGCAAGGAAAGAGAGAGGGCUCGGGUGGAACAGAACAAUGCCCCAAAUAAAAUGUUCCUGCAGGAGGGUGAUGUUGCAGCAGAGUGCCCCACAAUGAGCUACAGGAUCAUCCCGCAGGUCCAGGAAGUCUGCAGGGUAGUGGAUGGGUUCAUUUACGUGGCUAAUGCUGAAGCUGGCAGGAGUCAUGAACGUGAAGAGGAAUUUGCACAGAUCCAGGCAAUGACUGCCUCUGACUUGGGCUCUUCAAACCGCCCUGUGCUGGUGUUGUCCUGCGUUUCAAGGGCAGGAACCCGCAGAAUUCCAUGUGUUUAUAUGGCACACGAGUUGCACUUAAAUCGAUUGCCCAGGCCUUGGUUGGUUCAGGACGCUGAAGCAGAAACGCUAAAUGGACUUUUAAAUGGAAUUGAAUGGAUUUUGGAAGAAUCUGGAAUAAAUGUAUAAAAACAAUGAAGGCUUCUAAGAGGAACACAACGCAUACCUUGUUUAACAAUUAAAUUUGUAUAGAGUUUAUUUAGUAUAAGCCAAUGUUUGCCCAGGUCACCUAGAAUCAUGACAAGCGAAUAGAAAUUCUAGAUUCUCUGGUCACAACAGGGGCUACAUUGCACUGUUAAGUUUGUCUAAUCUAUAUUCUACUUGCAACGCCAUCUGGUGGAGGACAUGCAAAAGUGGAGAGAAAGAAAUACAGGUGGCCUGUAGCUUUCAGAAUUGUAAUCUUUUCAGUUAUUUUGAAUUAUAGUGUACUUUUCUAUAAUUGUGUAUAAUUUGUUAUGUAAUACAGAUACUGUAGUUUUCUCAUUUAAAUAUAUUCAAUAAUGUGUUUUUUCUGUUAAGUGUCAAGUGGAAAAUAUGUUAUAUACAGUGCCUUGCAAAAGUAUUCAGACCCCUGACCAAUUCUCUCAUAUUACCGAAUUACAAAUGG